AUGAACAUGGAAUCAGUAUUAAACCGGUUAAGGGACACCGUGUCCGCGACCGUGUACCAAGUGACCAGUAACGUCUCCACCGCUCUUCCCGGCAACCCACUGACCCGACAAUAUGAACUGAUUCGCCAAGUCGGCUCUGCUGGGCCUGGACUUGUUUUUAAAAUAUACGAAGCCGUCAAGAAGAGCACUCAGGAGGAUGCAGCACUCUUUAUUCUGGAGAAAAAGGCCUUGGAGAAGCUGUCAAAGAAAGACAAAGAAGUGCUGUUGGAGGCCAUUCGCAGAGGUGUUGCCCAGUUGACUCGCUUGAGACACCCGUCGAUGCUCACAGUACAGCACAAUUUGGAAGAGAGCCGCGACUUGAUUGCAUUCGCCACUGAGCCGGUUGUGGGCAGUUUGAGCAACCUCUUUGACGCCAAUAAGAACCUCGAUACAGACGACUCGAAAGACUCUCAAGAACGUUCAUUUUACGAUGUCGAAAUCAAAUACGGCCUUUUCUCCAUUGCAGAAGGUCUGGUGUUUUUACACAAGGACGCCAAAAUACUGCAUCGAAACAUUUCACCGGAAAAUAUUAUCAUAAAUCGAAAUGGCUUGUGGAAAAUAUCGGGCUUUGAUUUUAGCGUAACAACCACCACGCCGAAUGAGCAACCGUACAAGUAUCCGGCGCUAAAGGUACUUCCAGACACGUCAUUAGAUGCUCAGCCCAACUUUUCCUAUGUGGCGCUGGAGAAUUUACGUGACAACUCGCUAGUGGAUGCAAGUUCGGACAUCUUUUCCUUGGGAAUUCUCACACUGACUCUAUACAAUCAGGGAUCAGCGCCCUGUACAUUUACUUCCUCUCACCAGUACAACCCUUCUAAGUUUGCCGCCGAACUUGAGGGGAAAUUAUCAUCCAACAACUGCUGGAGUUCCAUUCCUGAAGAGUCGCGAAAGCACAUUAAGUUGUUGUGCAGCAUUGACACUACACUUCGACCUGAUGCUCAACAGAUAUCAAAGCUUCAAAUAUUCCAAGAUGUGUUGGUCCGGGCGUUGCAAUACUUUGAUUCGCUUUUCCAGUGGGACAAUGCACAAAAGGCGCAGUUCUACAAGAGUUUUCCCGAUCUCCUGGAUAAAUUUCCAAAACGAGUCCGACUACGUGGCAUCAUGUCUGGCCUGGCGAAAGAGUUUGUCAAUCCCGAGAUGGUUCCUUUUGUGCUUCCCAAUGUGCUUCAAAUUGCAAAAGAUACAACAGAUGAAGAGUUUCACACUUGGAUUGUUCCCCAUCUCGUUCCAGUGUUUAAGUACAAAGAGCCCAUUCAAAUUGGCAUAUACUUGCUGCAGAACAUGGAGUUUUUGGUUAAAAAGUUUAAUACUAAACCAGAGUCUCUUCGUGAACAUAUCAUUCCUCUUUUAUAUCGCUUUCUUGAGUCUGACGCCUAUCAGAUUCAGGAGCUGUGCUUGAGCGUCGUGCCCACCGUUAUUCAUUUAAUUGAUUACUCUGGAACAAAAAAUUCACUUUUGCCACGUAUAAAAAAGCUGGCACUUAACACCAAAUUACUCUCUGUGCGAGUCAACUGCCUAGUUUGUCUGGGUAAAAUUCUUGAACACCUCGAUAAGUGGCUGGUUCUUGAUGAAGUUCUAACACUAGUCAUGCAAAUGCCUUCAAGAGAACCUGCCGUCAUAAUGGCCUCUGUUGGAAUUUUCAAGCUCGUUUUAAACAGCAGCAAAUUAGGAAUGACAAAAGAAAUUUUGGCGACUAAAGUUAUUCCUUUUCUAGUUCCAAUGUCUAUCGAGAAUGGACUCAACCUUCAACAAUUCAACACUGUUAUGAUGCUGAUAAGGGAAAUGCUGAGCAAAGUGGAAGAGGAUCAUCAAACUAAGCUUCAACAGCUGGAUUCCAUAAAAGUUCAACAUGAUUCCUUCUUUACAAGUAGCGAAAGUAACAAACCAGCCACUUCUGGUGCCAACUUUGAUCCGUUCAACUUUAAUUCUGUCAGUGCUGCUUUGCCACCACAAAACUUGUCGAAUGGUUCAGCUUCUGGAGUCCUGUCUCUUGGUGACAAAGAGCGACUUGCUUUUCAAAAAGAACAACAGCAAAGGCUGAAUAGUGAACAGCCUCUAAUUCCACAAACGAAUUCUUCAUUGUCCAACAAAAACUCUAGUAAUCAAGCUAAAGAUUUAACAAGUACUCUGAUCAGUGCAAAUUUAAAUAUGCUACCUAAAAGUUCAAGUUCAAGUGGAUUUACCAGCAACAUCAGCAGUACUGGUUUUGCCAACUUUAACACCCAACCAAUCAGUCAUCAAGGAAGUACUCAAUUGACUAACAAUAGCAUCAGUAGCAACAGCAAACCCAACAUGUCUUCACUCGACUCGUUGGUAAUUCUGAACUCAGGUCAAAGCCGAAUCACUGGGCAGAGUUUAAAUGCAAUGAAGAGCACAGUUGGUGCUCCAAGCAUCAGUUCGUUUGCAAACAACGUUUCGACAAACCAUCAGUCUUCUCAGUCUUCCAAGCAACUCUCCAAGAGUGAACUUGAAGAGUUUCUCAACUAG